GGCUGAGACCGGGACGAUCCCACUAGCUCGGCCAAGGAAGGAGAACUGGAGCCAGCUCUGUGUCGGGGCUCGCACUGCUCUGGCCCAGUCGUGGGGAGGAAUUUGUUUCCCCCAAGCCCCGGCAAACCAUCCUUCGAGGCACGGAUCGGCUGUGUGGAGCCUGCGCUGAUUCGGGACCUGCCUGGACCAAUUCCAGCCUCGGGACAGUUCCCAGCCCCUGGCUCUGUCCGUCAGGGCAGGGCUCCUGGCUCUGGCCCCCACCUCCCCGACCCCCCACCUCAUUUCCAGGAGCUGGCGAUUUGGGGGGAAAUCGGAGCCGACGGCUUGUUUUGGUUGGUAGAAGAUGGGCAAGGCCUGCAGGUCCCUCCUGUGUGUGCUGGUGGCCUGCUGGAUGGGCACAGGCGCUGCCCAGUCGGACCUGCACUUCCUGGAGAACCCCUCGAACCAGACCUCGUCCCUGGGCAAGGACGUGCGGCUGCGCUGCGCUGUACAGCUGAGCCAAGAGCUGCCCGAGAUCAGCUGGCUGCGGGACGGGCAGGCACUGGAGCUGGCCGACAGCAACCAGGUGCAGAUGCCCAUAAACGAGAAGGUCUGGCUGGCCAUCAGCGAGCUCAGCAUCCCGUCCGUGCAGCUGUCAGAUGCGGGCAGCUACCAGUGCGUCAUGUGGGUGAAUGGGGAGGAGGUGCUGUCCGAUGCCGCCCACCUGGGGCUGGAAGGUCUGCCCUUCUUCUCCGAGGAGCCCCAGGACCUGGAGGUGGCAGCUGACACCCCCUUCAACCUGAGCUGCAGCGCCCAGGGUCCCCCCGAGCCAGUGCGGGUCAUCUGGCUGCAAGACGGGGCCCCCCUCAACUCCCUGGUGGACCCCCUGGCACAGGUGCCCUCCACGCUGGCCGUGAACGGCCUGAACAGAAGCGCCUCGUUCUCCUGUGAAGCCCACAAUGCCAAGGGUGUGGCCACCUCCCGGACCGCGGCCAUGACAGUGGUCCCCCAGCGGCCGAGGAGCGUGGUGCUGGUGACGCGCAGUGAGAAUGCCCUGGAGGUGGGCUGGGAGCCGGGGGCCAGCGGGGCGUCGCCCCUCAGCAUCUGCACCGUCCAGGUACGCUCGGCCUGGGGCUGGUCCGGGGGGAUCAGGGCCUGGAGCACAUAG